UCCACUCCCCGAGAACUCCUCUUCUCGCUUCUCUACAUCGCCGCCGGCCAUCCACCGGCGAUCCCUCCUCCUGCCGCAGAUCGCUUCAUAGCCCCCGUCUCCGCCUCCGAUUCAUCCAUCAGCCGCCCGAUCUGCGGCUCCGCCGUGCCAUGUCCGUUUCCCAGCCGGCGCUCUUCGCCGCUCGCCGCCGCUUCAAGAGCAAGCUCCAGGACUAUGAGCCUCAGGAAUCCGUGAACUCUCGCUGCGUUUCUCGCUCCGAUCUCUCCUUGCUUCGCCCCCUCUCCGCGUUGUCCUCCUCUCCGGUGCUCCAAUUUUUCGUUUGGUUGGAUCUAAAACCCUAGUUCUUCACGCCCAGGGUGAUACAUCGAUCCAUUCGAGGUGAGUUGAAUCCCCUUCCCUGUCCUCGAUAUUCUUCACGACCAGAUCGUCAUCUCUUGCGGAAUCCCUAAUCUCUCAGCUGUCAACCUCCCUCCUUUUCACCAUUUCGAGGGUUUCUUGAUCGAUCUGCGAGACGGGAUAGAUGGUGUUUUUGGACAAUCGUUGAGGAAAAGACUCGUGAAUGGUCUUGGCAUGCGACUAAGAUGGCUUCUCCGUGACUUGGCACCAUGGCUUUUCCUUGAUGAAACACAAUCAUCAUCACUUUGAAGAAGAGCUAAAGCGGAGCCUGCAGAGCUCAGACAGUUUUGAAUAUCAAAUGGCUGAUAACCUAGAAGUAGUUGAUAACUCAAAGGAGAUUGAUGAAGAGGUAGCAAAGGAAUGGGAACAUAUGAUGUUGCAAAACACUAUGGGCAAGGAAUUGAAUGAGUUGAAUAAGCGUUUAGAGGAGAAAGAGUCUGAGAUGAAAUCAUUUGGUGGAUUUGAAACUCUUGCUCUCAAACAGCAUUUUGGAAAGAAUCUCAUGGAACUGAAGAUGAAAAAAGAAUUGUACAGGUUGAUGAUAAUUUUUUCGAGUUCAGCACAUCUAUUUAAAAUUUUAUUAUUACCCUUUUAUUUUUUUGGCUCCUCUCUCAUGCUUGAGAAUAUAAAACAUUUCAGCAAGAGAACUUGCCUGGUAAUUCUGAUGGGGCAAACACAUAAAUUACCAGAUGCCCACUUGCAGAAAUUGAAGUCCCUUGAAGCACAGGGGAAAUUUUGUCGAACUAGUGCCAUUUGGAAUUUGAAUGUUAUAUUAUACCCAUCUUGUUCGUUUAUGUGCAUGAAUUCUGUUCUUCAGAUAUUGGACCUUAAUAAAAAAACAAGAAAAUCAAGUGCAGCUUUUGAACCAAAAGCAGAGAGAGUGACGAAGCUGCAAAGAAAUUUCAAGAUUAAAUACAAUUUAUUUCCUUAUGGGCAUGUUGACCUUGUGUACCGUUCUUUUUAUCAGACUGUUUAAAAAUUCAUGAAUGCUAAUUACAGUACCUGGCAAUUUUUUAGUUCAUGAAUGCUUAUUUUUGGCUUUUUUUAAUUUUAACAAUCUG